AUGAACGGCGAAGACCCGCCCGAGAGGCCCGAGUACAUCACCAGCAUUAUCAACGGCCUCGAGCGAUACAACCCCGAAGCUGUUGGGUCUCUCGAGACCUAUGUGCAGGAACAAUGCGAGCAGAAGUACACCGAUUGCAAUGCCAACCGCACUCUGCUGAAGCUGUACCAGCUUAACCCCGACCGUCUCAAGGAUGAAGUCGUCACCAACGUCCUCGUCAAGGCCAUGACCCAGUUCCCGUCUCCCCAGUUCCACCUCGCCCUCCACCUCAUCAACCCCUCCGCUGCCAACCAGGGCGAACUCCACGAAGCCCUCAGCAAGUUGCGGACACUCAACUCUCAGCUUGAAGGUGCGAAGUACGCGCAGUUCUGGGCUGCUGUGGACGGCGACGACUUGUGUGCCGAUCUCAUCGCGGACAUUGCUGGCUUCGAAGAUAUGAUCCGUCUCAAGAUCGCACAGCUUGUGUCGCAGGCUUAUCGUGAGGUCGACCUCGAACUCCUGGAGAGCUGGUUGGGUCUCAGCGGGGACGCGACGAAGCAGUUUGUUGAAGAGGUUGCCGGGUGGACCGUCGAGGGCGACAGCGUCAAGAUCCCCUCCAACCCUGAUAACGAGGCCAAGAAGACCGAGAUCAGGGAGGAUGUGAACGUUGAGCAAUUCGCGCGGGUGAUUCGACGGUCCUGGGAGGACACCAUUGCGGUAUAA